AUGCCGACCGAAUUGGAAGAGCUCGUCGAAUUCCUCCACCAUGGGAACACCCAGAUUCGUACGUACUUCUUCUACGGAAUCCUCGUCCAGAGUCUAACGUACAUCAGGUCAAAUUGGUGAGGAAUACUCUUUGUUAUUCAACACGAAAAGCGAGAAAGUCCCUGACAUCUUACGGCAGCCGCUGAGAACCUGGUCGGCUACUCAACAGCACAACCAACCCUGUUCAAGCGGAAUCAACUCGAACCUAUAAAGGACCUCAAGCUCCUGGUCAAGGACUAUGGACCAAUUGCCAAGAAUGCUCUCACUAUGCUUGUCAACGUCUCCGAGGACAGCGAGGUCGUAAAGAGCUUAGCGGACGACGAUGCUUUCAUCGAGUCGAUAUUACGGAGGGUGACCGUAUGUCAGUAAGCGCGCAUCUUUUUCCUCGAAGCAUGACUAACCACAUCAAGGAUGCCAAAGAGCCAAACGCAAGCCUGCAAUGCAUGCUUUUAGCCAAUAUGGCCAAGGCAUCAAACAUCACGAAGCUUCUCAUGUUGAAACGAGAGGUGCCCAAGCCUCUUUCAACCUCGCCAAUUGCCAUUGACCAGCUCCUGGACUGCUUUGUCAAAGGAGCGAGUGGGAGCUACAACAAGAACGCAGAUUACGACUACCUCUGCUAUCUGUUUGCCGAUCUGGCCAAACACGAAGAGGGUCGGAAGCAUUUCCUGACAGCGAGGGCUGAAGGCGAAGCCGCCGAGGUCGAGGACAUCAUCCCGCUCACCAAGCUUGUGGUGUUCACAGAGCACGCCUCUGUCAUUCGCCGGCGGGGGGUAGCGAGCACCAUCAAGAACGUCAGCUUCGACUUUCACGCUCAUCAGGAGCUUCUCGCCGCAGACGGAGUCAAUCUACUUCCAUACCUCCUGCUCCCACUUAUGGGUAGCGAGGAAUACUCCGAUGACGAUUCCGAAGGCAUGCUGGACGAGUGCCAAUUGCUUCCUCCAGACAAGGAGCGCGAUACGCAACCGGAUAUAAUUUGCAUCCAUCUGGAGACACUGCUACUUCUUGCAUCGACACCCAAAGGCAGGAAGAGGCUGCGAGACGUCAAAGUGUACCCAAUCAUUCGCGAGUUACACGCCCAUCUCGACAACGAGGACGUGACAGAAGCAUGCGACCGGCUUGUGCAAGUUUUGAUGCGAGGAGAGCCAGGAGAUCCGGAUCCUGCUGAAGCAGCACGAGCGUCUGCCAUGGCCCAAGAAGGUGCUCCGCGCGUGCAGGAGAUUGAGGAGGAUGAAGACGAAAAGAUUGUCGAUGUCGUGUAA